AUCAAUUCUUGUAUUAAAAUCUACUUUACAACAGUGUAGAAAAAAUAUUAUUACUGAUUUUAUUGGUGAUAAAGUAUUAGGGCUAAAUCUCUAUUAUGUAACAUCUGAUUUGGGAAAAAUUCUUGGGAAAUUUAACAGUAUUAUUCAAGGUAAAAAGCUUAUAGUCAUGAAUGAAACCAGUAUGUCUAGUAGAGAGUGGCAUAGGUUUAAUAGUUAUCUUAAAUCUCUUAUAACAGAGGGAAAGGAUGCUCUGCUAAAAAUAGAAGCAGGUGAUACUUGUAUAGUUUGUUUUGAUAUAUCUACACGUUGUAGAGAUAAUAUUGCAUAUUUUGAUAAACUAAAAGAAAUUCUUGAUUAUCCUGAUGCACCAGAAGUAGUCAUGUCAUAUCUUCUUAGCUGUAAUCUGUCAAAGUGGAGUGAUAUUGAGGAAUUUUCUGACAUACCUCAACCUGAGACACUCACCAAUGAAUCUACUAAUAUUCCU